AUGGAGUAUGUGACCCCCAGCAAGCACGACAACAAUGACAGCAAAGAAAAGGGUGGCUCUUUGAUUCUCGCUUUCGGAGACGCGUGCGCCGCCGCGCGUAGCCUCAGAGUGUCCCAGCCAGAGGGUUAUGAGACCUGGUGCCAGGGUCUUGAGGAAGCGAUUCAAGACCCAGACAGUUUCUCUGCAGACCGCGCUCCAGUGUCAUGCCUCAUGCUGGUCACCGGUACACUGCCACCUGUGGUGAGGAGGACUUAGCCCGGUUCUGGAGGCCGUGAACAUCACAUGGCCACUGCCCCCAGACCUCUGCUAGCUGCUUUGUGCACCCCAUCUCUUUCUUGUUCUGACUUUGCACCCAGAAAUGCUGAGCAGCAGCUGGCCAGGAAGAAUCCCGGGCUGGUCCGUCCUGGUCCUGUAGGGCCUGCCUCCCAGCCGGCUCCUGCACUUGAGAAUCUGCUAGGCUCUCGAUCCAGAAACUAGAACCGGUUUGCCCCUUGGGGCCAUGGCACACAGAGAUAGGAGGAGGUUCCUGAGACAGUGGAGAGCCAGGAGGCAUCCUUGGGUACUGGACAAGAGCUCGUGGACACCCAGUGA